AUGCUGUUCACACUCCGAGGCAGUAGGUGGCGCUUCAGGUCGAAUGGCACACGUUGGCGCCGUGUUGAUGAAGGGCGAGGUAGGUGCGACUACGAAGAGCAGCUUAACUGUGGCGCAGUCGACGAUUUGUCUUUGAUUAUUCACUCGCUUCUAAAGAUGGUUCGGCCACAUUUUGGACCACCCCGUUUGAAGCCCAGACCCUACGGAGAUGGUCAUGGCAUUGGACCCAACGAAGGGAAUUACAACCCCCACUCCAAAAGCCGAAGAGAUGUCCAGGGCUACCCGGCAAAGGCACCGUUUCACUGGAGAGAUUCCAGAGGUAGAGGACGACCCCCAGUUGUCAAAAGAGUCCCCCUGAUGGGAGAGCAAAGGGAGCCACGUUUCAAUCACUGGAGGUCCCAGAAUCAGGAUUCCUUUCAAUCAUACCCUCCCAAAAUGGAACCACACCACAGCCAGAGGAGGCCUUCUCCAUCCAGGCAGAAUCGCUCCCCUCAUGCCCAGCAUCACUCAUCAUCUCGCAGUCCUGCACAAGGAUCCCAGAAUCAAAGGGGCCCACCUUUCCAUGGUCACCCCUCAGGUCACAGGUCACCCUCGCCAAGACAUUUUCGCAACCACCCAGCUGAUAGGAGGCCAGGCUCUGCACCAAUGUUCCAGGGGUCUUUCAGGGGCUCCAAAAGGCAGUCAGGUUUUCAGCAUCAGGAGCAGCGGGGCCGAGACCCUCGUGGGAAUUACAAUCCCAGAGAAAGGCCCUUUGAGCACUCAGGUCAUGGCAUGAAGCGCUGGAACGAGGCAGGAGCGUUCUCUCAUCCCCACAAUGGAGAGCAUGGGCCCUCGGGUUCACAGAGGAACCCCAGAGAGAUGCAUGGGAGAGGCUCAUGUCCAGAGAGGUGGUCAUCUGAGCAAGACUCCAGGCGACAGCGUGGUCCGGUGGAGAGGCAGGGCAGCAGAUCCCACAGUAGGGAGAGGGCACAGGAUGUCCCUCACCUGCCCCCUUUCAGAGCCCCCUCAUGGAAAGGGGGUCCAUCGCCAUCAUCCUCCUACCACAGGAACCCUCAGGAGAGGCCAGUGACAGGACCCCGCAAGAGGAGGAUAUCGGACAUCAGCAUGCCCUCAUCAGACCCUGCACUGGAGCAUGGCAAUCAAAAACAACCCAGGAGAGAGAGGCCUCAGCUGCUCAGUAUUCCCAGGCCGUUCGGUGGUAAACCUUUGUCUCUUAGGGAUAGAAGUUACCUGGUUAAGAACAGACAAGUCAAAGCAGAGUCUCUUGUGGGGCUCGGAGUAUCAACAUCUGUGAGACCCAGGCCUCGCCUGGACGCCCCGGCCUCACAGGAAAAUGUCAGUUCUGUUCUUGCCAUCAGGAAGAGACGUUUCCAAUCAAAUGCAGUUCCCCUGAAAAAGCUGGAGCCAAGGAGAGGCAAACCACAACAGUCACCCCCCAGAGAAGAAAGCAAUGCCAGCAAGUCCUCAAGAGACUCUGAUACAGGCAAAGAACAGGUGGAGUCUCGCCGGUCCUUGAACACACACAGAUCUUCUCCCAUAGAGAAACGUGACCUUGUUGUUUUGUCCCACUGGCCACCCGGGCCGAGCUCCUCCUCUAAGGACGACUCGCCUACGAAAGAUCGCAGCCCAAAGAAUGACCGCAGUUCAGAUCAAGAUGUCACACCGAACAACCGACUCUCAAAGGCGGAUGAUUCCAGAUCAUCGCCUGAAGACCGGAGACCAGGUUACAUGGAUAAGAGGGUGUUCAGGCCAUUUAAUAUGAUGCAGGACAGCUACAGACCCGGGAGGCCCUUCAGGAGACCGGGACAAGGACCCAUGCAGAGACCACGGUUCCCUGGUGGUCCGAGGAAGAUGGGCCCUGAAAUGUCUGGAAAUAUUAGAAGACCGCUCAUGGAGAGCUUAGUGACACGUCCCUUCCCAAAUCAGAGGCCAGUGUUCAGAAAAAGUUACAACAUCAUGUCCAAAUACCGCAGCAUGCGUCAGCAGCGCGCGCCGUACAACCGAGGGCCCAACCAACAGCGCUGGUGAUAACCUCUGUCUGCAGACAUGAUACUAGAGAAAGUUGGGAAACUCAUCAAUAUCUCCGGCCGGGUGGAUUGCACAAACCCGCCUCUCACUACACUCCCCACCUGCCUGUAUAUUGUGGAAGUGUUGUCGCUUACAUUUGUUCUCUGAUGCAAGUGUUUAAAUUGCAUCUUUUGAGGUACCGCUGUAUUUUUGUUUUGGUCCAUUUGUAACAUAUGCCAUUGCGUAUAUUGUUUGGCUUUUCUUUUUCUUGUGUGUAAUUAUUUAGGAGUGGCACCUGUGAUCUUGGCAGUCUUCAUUUUACUGAGUUAGUCGUAGCUUUUUCUUUGUUUACCAGCCAGAAUGGAUUUCAGGUUUGAAGUCCAAGAAGAAAUGUUUACUUUAGAAUCUCACCUUUACUGUAAAGACUAAUCACAUGACGUGUGCUGUUUGAUUAAUCAUGGGUGUUUUGAUUAGACGCAGCAGCUUGUCAAAUGACACUUAGCUACUACCUGUAAAACUUGUAUAAUCACAUGUUCAGUUUAUUGUUUAAACUCUAAAUAAACCACAUUUAACAUGCU